GGAAGGAGGCGACCGAGAGCUGCAGCCUGGGAAAGGAAACUUCUUUUUCUUUUUCCUGCAAAGGGAGUUUGCAACAUGGGGGCAAGGAGUUCCCUUCCUGGCUUUGCCAAGCCCUUCUUUCCAAGGAGGCCCAAGAGUUGCAUGCUUUUGCUUUCCUCUCCCACCCCCAGAAAUGUCAAUAUUUGGCAUUGAUUUCCCCCUUCUUUCCUUCCUUCCUCUUUUGCUUGCUUUUGCCUCUUUCAUAAGGCCAUGAUCCUCCGACCCGGGUUGUGCCCGGGACUCACGCCGGAAGCGGUGGCCCUCCUCCGAGACCAAGGCAUCCAAACAGUGGUGGACCUGGUCUCGUCGGACCUGGAGGCCUUGGCCCAAAGGUGCUCCUUGUCUUUCAAGAGUCUAUCUUCUGCCCGCCGGCUGCUCCUGGCCCGCUUCUCCUCCUUUCCAGCCAAUGGGGCCGACCUCUUCGAGGAGCUCCAGAAGGGCGGCGCCAUCCUCAACACCGGGAUCAACAGUUUGGACCGGCUUCUAGACUCCGGCUUGUACACUGGGGAGAUUACAGAGUUUGUGGGGGCGCCCGGUUCGGGGAAGACGCAGGUGAGAGGGAGGCUAAUAAUAAUAAUAAUAAUAAUAAUAAUAAUACAUACUAUAUAUAAUAUACCGGGCAUUCAUCUCCAGCAGCGCAAUCUGCUCCGACUUGGGCAGCAAAGCCAGGGCCAGCUGAGGGCCGCCAGAGGCCUCCUCCACGUAGUUCAGGUCGGCCAGAGGGGUGUCUUCGAUGAAGCCGGCCGAGCUGGCACACACGUAGUCCCGCAAGGGGAUGCCCGCGUCAAUCACCGCCAGCGUAGCCGCGUUCACCGAGGCACAUUUCUUUUCUUUUCUUUUCUUUUCUUUUCUUUUCUUUUCUUUUCUUUUCUUUGCCUUUCAAAGACUUGGAGAUUUGGGCGAGGGUGUGUGUGUGUCCUUCUGCCAUACAGGAAGGCCCCAUCCAAUCCCUCCCGCCAGAUGGCCUUCCAGACUCUGCUGCAAAUCCCCCAAGAACAGCUCUCACGAACUUCUUUUCAGAUGACCAACGCAGUGACCAGGGACCCGUCCAGCGGCUGUCCGAGGGCAGCCUUGGGCCGCUCCUGGGCCUCUGUGCCCAAUACACGGAUCUUUCUGGAAAAGGGUGGAUUGGGAAAAGGCCAGAGGGAAUGGAGGGCCUCCUUGAUGAAGUCCCCUCGCCAGCCUGUUGGGAUCCAGGUGGAGAUCGAGGAAGACGGCAGAGAAGAACCAUAACAGAAGGACCCUCAUGGCUAAGAAUGCUCCUUAGUUUAUUAUUAUUAU